AUGCUCAUUUAUAAAGACGAUCCUCCAUCUUUUAUCUUUAUGAUAGUAAUCUCUAUAGUAAUUGUCAUGACCUUUUGGGUAGUCUGGAAUUUUGACUAUAGGCUCGAAAUACUGACCAAAAUAAUUGUUUCCAUCAUAGGAGACAGUCAUAGCUGACUUGUGGAGGUAAGAGGAUUUCCCAUGAUCUGUAUAGCCGACAGCGGUUCUUAUGAUCAUCAAUACAAGGAGCAAGGCUAUAGGAAAUGCCCAUUCACAGAUUGACCCGAACAGCUUGCGCUUUCAAAGGAUUCAGUUUUUGUACAACAGAGCUCGAUAGUGCUGCCAAAGAGACAUUUAAUUAUAAGGAUCAGACCAUUUUGGAGAACUUUUGAAUGUUAA